GUGAGAGAGCUAGGAGUUCCGUAAAGUGAUUCUAAAUUUAAACCAAGAAGUAAAGUUUUCUAUUAAGUAUUGCCGUGAACAAACAAAAGUGACACAAAUUGUGAAAAGGAAUACUGAAAACCAACAAUGUCGGUUUGGUUUGGAAUUGAAACGGAAUGAAAUGCGGAGAAUUAGAUUGAACUGAAGAUAAAAUGUAGAUUAAAUACAGGGAUUUGUACCACUAUGGAGUACGACAGUUCUGAGCUGUACUAUGAGAAAAGCGAGGGAAGCGAGUGUACACCUAGCCAGCUAACAAACCAAAAAUCUGGGAAAAAAUCUCGAAAUCUCGAGGAUAGGGUCAGAGAGUACACAGGGUACAUGCAGGAUGAAGACCCCCCUGUCUACUAUUCAACAGAGCGCUCCUCUGACUCCUGUUCCCCCUUCCUGGUGGCUAGGGGCCCCACAGGUACCAACAGGAGGGGACCAGGCACCUUGGACCACCGUAGGGGAACUCAGGAUUCAAGAAGGGGAACUUCAGGGGAUAGAAGGGGAGCAACCUCUCCUAGAUAUGUUCAGGAUGCUGGUUUAGCCCUUUCUGAAAGGUUGAGACUACCAGGAAAUUUUACUCCAGGACUCCGAGAAACUACUAUAGAUACAGACUACCUGAGAUCUGGAGGAGGUCAAACUCAAGGUCGACCUCCUGACCUCCUUUCUCAAAACAGCCUCAAAAUUAAAUCCCAUAGACGAAGUUACUCUGAGGAUUCUACCUACGCUAGACCUGAACCCGUGACUCCUACUAAGGAUUGUGUAGGAAUGCCUGGAUUCCCUGUUCAAACAUUAACAUCUUCUACCCUACCCAUACCCUACUCACCCUCUAGAGAAAAAGGAAUGAUGAGAAGUGGGUUUGUGUGUUCGUGGCGCCUGGUGUCUGUUUGUUUAACAAUACUCACACUUCUUCUCUCAUCAAUUAUUAUAUAUUUUGGAGCUGUGAGAUACACAGGGGAGGUUACACCUCCUUUACCUAAUUCUGUGAUAGACAGCAGCGGGUUCCAGGACAGUGCCUGCAUACCCCUCAUUGAUACUCAACAAGAACAGAGCUUUAAUAUUGAUUCUGAGUUUAAUCCUCGGCCCCGUAACCAGCUUCCUUCCGUAAACCUGAUUCCUGAUCAAUGGCUGAAAUCAAGUCUAGAACCUUUCUCCUUCUGGAGUGGUGAAAUGGAAAUCCUUACACAAUCCUUUUAUUACAUCAACAUUACUGCACUAACAGGGGGCAGAAAUGUGGCAGUGUACGGAAAAUAUGGCAGCCUUCCGUCCAUCACUCAACAUGAUUUCUCGUUUUUUCUAAACUCUGGUUCAGGGAUUGAUCCAAUGUUCUCACACUCGGAAUACCUGAAGGUUGGAAACUGGUUUUUCUCCGUAUACAACGACGACCAGUCCCGCUUAAUAUUUGGUUUGGUUAUUGCAAAACAAAAGGAACGCGGCAACGACUGCGGGAACAGCUGUAACGGUCACGGAUCCUGUAUAGAGGGAAGAUGUGUGUGUACAGCUGGAUGGACCGGACCAGAUUGCUUAAAUAGGUUGUGUCCUGUUGUGUGCAGUGGACAUGGAGAUUAUGGAGGAGGGUUUUGUCAUUGUCAUCUGGGCUGGAAGGGAGAUGAGUGUAAUCUCAGGAUGAAUGAAUGUUCUGUAUCUGAAUGUGGAGAACAUGGAGAAUGUGUUGAGGGAGCUUGUAUUUGUACCAAGGGCUGGGAGGGACCAAACUGUACAACAAGAAGCUGUAUGGACCCUACCUGCUCCGGGCAUGGUAGCUGCCAGUCAGGAGAAUGCCAAUGUGACCUGGGCUGGAGCGGUCAUCUUUGUAACCAGGAAAAUAUGUGGAUAUCCUCCUGUUUACCAGACUGUACAGGACAUGGUACAUAUAACAUGAGUGCCGGUACAUGUUCUUGCACUACGGGAUGGACUGGUCAAUACUGUAAUAUAAGUUCUUGUUCCUUGGAUUGUGGAGUUAACGGUGAAUGUCUAGGGUCUGCUUGUGCUUGUAAACCUGGUUGGGAGGGAUAUAGAUGUGAGAUGAAAUCAUGUAGUUCGUCCUGUCAGGAGCAUGGAGAAUGCAGGAAUGGAACCUGUCUCUGCAGAGAAGGAUGGAAUGGCAGAAAUUGUGGAUUGGAAGGAUGUGAAAAGAACUGUUUCGGAAAUGGAGAUUGUUUACUGAAUGAUGGAGAAUAUUCCUGCACUUGUAAAUCAGGCUGGACAGGAGAGCACUGUAACUUGAAAACAGAAACUGAAUGUCAAGACGGAUUGGACAACGACAAAGAUGGUUUGGUUGAUUGUGGAGAUAGUAACUGCUGCUCCCACUUUAUAAUAAUAAUAAUGAGGAUAAUAAAAAUAAUAGUUGUGUCCAAUGGUCCACUUGCUCCUCCCUCCAGCUCCUUCUUUGAUCAAGUCAAGUUCCUAAUCCUAGGAGAGAAAAGUGUUCAAAGCUACGCUAAACAAGAGUUCUAUGAGGAGGAAAGAGCUUCAGUGGUGCGGGGUCGUGUAUUGACCCGGACGGGUGAAGGUAUAAUCGGUGUCCGUGUUAGUGUCGACCGUAACUCUGGUGCAUCUAACUAUGGGUUCACACUGACCCGCCCUGGUGGCUGGUUUGACAUGCUGGUCAAUGGAGGCGGGGCCGUUACAUUACAGUUUCAGCGGUCUCCUUUCAAACCUUUAACAAGGACCUCGCAUGUUCCUUGGAACGAGAUCCAUGUCCUGGAACCUAUCAUAAUGUCCUCAAGUCCUAGACUAGGCAUAUCCUGGGCAGAGGAGGAUUCAUCUCAAGGAACACGGUACACUGCGCCCUGUGUACAGCAUGACCCGGAAGUAAAACCCCAUGUGGCGCCUUCUUACUCAUCAGCUGACCAAGAGCCUUCAGUCCAGCAAUCUGUAAAUCCAGACACAGGAGUUCUAACUCAAUCAAUUAAGCUUCCAGGUUCAAAACUGUACCUUGUUUAUCAAUCAUCUCCUUCUUCCGUUCUCACUAUCUUCCUAACCCCCUUCUCCUCCACCUCAUCCUCCUCCACCACCUCCUCCUCCACCACCACUCCCUCCAUCUCCUUUAUUAACAAUACCAUGAACAACCUCUUUAGAAUUCAUAUUAAGAUCACAAUUGCCGGAGUAGUUACGAGGAAACAAUUUGAAGUUGAAGAAGGUCUACUGUAUACAUUCUCCUGGGACAAGUUGAAUGUUUACAAACAACGAGUGUACGGUGCGGCAAAUGCUCGAAUUUCUGUGGGCUACCAGUAUACUGGCUGUCAAGCGGUCAUCUGGUAUUCAUUUGUUCAGAGGUUGGAAGGUUACAGAGCACAGAGCACUGAUAUCGGAGGAUGGAAUUUAAAUAUUCAUCAUUCUUUAAAUACAGGUUUAGAUGCUGGGGAGUUUUAUGAAGAAGAUCUUCAGGGUUCAGGUCAUCCUAGAGAUUUCAAUUGUGAAACUACAGACUGUUCUUCUAGUUUACUCAAUGUUGUCUCAUUAGCUGCAGGUCCUGAUGGUUCAGUGUACAUUGGUGAUUACAAUCUUGUACGUCGGUUGUAUCCAGAUGGGCGGCUAGCUACUGUACUGCAGUUUAAGUCUAAACAGGAGUUGGAGCUUCAUGAUGGUCAGCUUGCAGGUGUCAGCACCUUGGCAUCAAAGGGUUCACAUCUAGGCGACGGUCCUGGAGGGUUUGCAGUCUGUAACAUGUGUGGGGAGGAACGAUUUGCCUCUCAUACCACAGGACAUGCGACUGGUGAAGCGCACCAGGUGUGGAGAAUAUCUAAACUAGAGAAGGUUGACCAGCCCAGCAGUAACUGGGAGGUUGUGGCAGGGACAGGUGAGAAGUGUACUCCUGGAGAUAGUCUGGGGUGCGGGGAUGGUGGACCAGCUAAGGAGGCUAAGUUGACCUUUCCUAAAGGAAUAGCGGUCAGCAUUGAUAGAACUAUCUAUGUUACAGAUGGGAAAAGAUUGAGAAUGAUAGACCAAUCAGGAGUUAUAACAACAAUUGUAGGAGAUACGUCCCGAGGCCACCUGACUCCUAUCAGCUGUGGGUUUAGUAUGCUAGCUGAUAAGGUUGACCUACAUUGGCCAGGGAAACUAGGGGUCAACCCAGUAGAUGGAACUCUUCAUAUAGUGGAUGAAAAUCAGGUCUUAAAACUAACAUCAGAUAAAAGACUAGAAGUAGCUGCAGGAUUAAAUAUGCGCUGCAAGAAAGGAAAUAGGAGUGUUGAGGUCCUAAACCUAGAGCUAGGACCUAUCCUUGAUAUGGGAUUCUCUCCGGAUGGUUCUCUACUAGUUGCUGAGAAUAGAGGAGAGCAGGGCUUUUCUUUACACAGGAUUUCUUUUUCUGGUGAAGUGACGUCAGUGUUCAAAGACAGGGUUUGUCUCCUGUGUAAAGAAUCGUCCGGGACGAAUUUCGGCAACAUGUCGUCCAGGACUAAUAUCUCAGAUAUUUCUGCUCUAGUUACAGAUCCAGCCGGGAAUAUUAUUCUAGCAGAUAAUAACAGGUUAAGAUUGUCCAAAUUGAUGCCAGCAGCAAGCAUACGAGGAACUGAGCUUCGAGUAAAGAACAGAGUUGGCGAGAUCAUCGUAUUUAAUAGAUAUGGUCAGCAUGAAUCUACCUUACUCCCCUCUGGACAGAUAAAAUAUAGUUUUGAUUACUCUAGUACUCUAGGAACACUCUCUAAGAUUACUGAUUCUAUUGGAAAUAAGAUAAUUCUGCACAGAGAUUAUACGGGAACUGUCAAGAGAAUUGAAAAUACAUUCGGAGAACAAAUUCUGGUUCAGAUAAACUCGAAAGGACUUCUGGAAAGUGUGAAAAAUUCACAAAUUAUGGAAACUAAUCUACAAUACUCACAGGAUGGACUUUUAACACAGCUUUGGACUACUGUUGGGGAUUUGUUCACUUAUCAAUAUAAUUCUCAGCAAUUAUAUAAUCGAUUAAUCAAACAACAACUAUCUGACCCGUCCUGUUUAAGUAAGAUGAAGGUUUGCAACCAGGUUCUCCAGGAUGGCAAGGUUAUACAACCAGACUCUCCAGGAGCUCGAGGAAACUUUCUGGAUGGAAAAUGGAAUAUAAUUUGGAAGGAUGAGGGUAAGGGUGUGGAUGUUGAAGAUGCUCUGGGUCGAGUAGAAUACAGCUCCAGGCUUAAGGGUGGUCUGCUCCCUGUGUUUUGGAACAGCAUAGGAUCUGCUCCUUGUAAUAAUACAUUCGAUGGGUUUGGACGAUUACUCCGUGUUAUCUGUGGUUCUGCUACAUCUGAGUUUACCUACACUAGUCGAGGAAACAUGUUGAACUCUAGGUCCUCAUGUAACCAAGCAGUUCAUCAAUAUACCUAUACAGAUACUCACAUGCCACGAGAAAUUGAUAUUGGAGGAGGAAGAAAGUACACGUAUGUCUAUGAUCCAUUUGGUGGACUGGAGCAUGUUGUGCUACCUAAUGGAGGCAGACAUGUUUUUGGAAUGGAGCAAACACCAGGAUCGGUGAGGGUAUUCCACGGUAUCCCUGGAGUAACCGGAGAAUUCUCUCUUAGAUUUGAUAUCAGGGGAAACAGAAUAGAAACCGAGUAUCCGGAGGGAUCUCCCAUCACCCUCAUCAAAACUACAGAGGAUGGUAACCCUGCUCAAAUUGUCGCUGGUGACCGUGUAUCCAACCUGGAGUAUACAGUUGACGGAUUGUUAUCUGGUGUCCAACAUAUCAGAGAUAUUAGUAUCAGAACAAGGAUUAGGUUCAUACAGUUUGGAGUUAUGGCGGAGCAAAGAAUAAACUUUGAUGCAAAGUCAGCUCUGGCGGAUGCCAAGUUUUCUUACGAUUAUUGGAAUAAUUUGAAUAUCCAGGGGAUAAAAGGGAGGAUUGGUGGUCAACAAAUCCCCAGGGUGGGAUUCUACCAAACACCAACUCAAGAUGGUAAAAUACCAAACGAAAGUGGUAAUUUUUAUUACUCUCUAGAUAGUGUGAAUGGAACCAAGCUAAGUGAUGGGAAUGCAAUUUACUUGAGGACUGAAAGCCUUGUCACUUUAUCUAUCAAUACUAGAGAUGUUUUCACCGCAGAAUAUAAAUUCAAUUCUUGUAACAAGCUACAAGAAACAAAAAUGCUUCUUAAACGGAGCUCUGGGUUUUUCAAACAGACCAAAAAAUAUUCAUAUGACGAUGCUGGACAGUUAGUAGAGGUGCAAGAAAAUACAUUUCUGUGGAAAUAUGAAUAUGAUAGAAAUGGUAACAUGAAGAAUCUUGUGUUUGGUAAAACUGUUCAUGCCUUUGAAUAUAAUGCUUGGGAUCAGUUGGUCAGAUAUAAUACAGCUGAACUGAGUUAUGAUGGUAAGGGGAAACUUGUGAAGAAUCACAAACAAUUCCAGUUCAAGUAUGGAUCCAAUAAUCUGCUGAUUGAGGCUAGUCAUGCGAGAACUCGGAAGAAGAUAUUUUAUUUUUAUGAUCAUUUGGAUAGAUUGGUUGGUAGGAGGGAUGAUGAGGGUCGGAUUACCCAGUUCUAUUACUCCAACCCUGAGACCCCAUAUCUAGUAUCUCACAUUUAUCUCCCUAGAGAGGAUAGUAUUACCUCACUGGUAUAUGAUGCAGAGAGUAACCUUAUCUUUGCACAAGUUCACCAGGACCAGUAUUAUAUCAUAUCAGAUCAGACCGGGGCUCCCUUUCUUUUCUUCUCUCACUCCGGUAACCUAGUUAAAGAAGUAAACCGGAGUCCUUUUGGACAAAUCACCUACGACUCUAACCCAGAACUCAGUAUACCCUUGGGACCUGGAGGUGGAAUUGUGGAUCCGGAUACUGGAGUGCUUCAUCUUCAAGGAAAUCAGGGAUCAACCGCAUUUGAUCCAUUUUUAGGGAUUUAUCUUGUUCCAGCUUGGGAGGAUAUGCUGGAAAACAUCUACAAGCCUGAACUGUUCCAUGCAUACCGUAGAAAUGGGAAUGAUCCAGUCAAUAGCCCUCUUCGCUUUGCUCAAGGGUUCCCCAACUUUGCUGAGAUUCUGGGAGGAAUUAUACCAAAGUUUGAAAGUUCUGCAAGACAAAGAAGAAAACCGGUUUCACAAAAUCUCAACUACCUGGCUCAAAUAAACAAAAUGGUUCCGGUUAGAAAGCCAUCAGAUGUUUCGCAAGUAUCUUCGCAUCUCCUUGCUGAUUCAUCCGUUCUGAUGGAGUCUCCAACCAACAUGGAGUUCCCGUUAGCUCGUCGUGAACCAAUCCUGGGAAAGUUUAUUGUUCUCAGUCAGUUGGAAGAGAGAGUAAAUGUUGUGUCAGGCCCACAGGCAAAUCAAAUUUACAAUAAUGUUUUUACAUCAGUUCUCAACAACUCCUUUCAUACUAACAUUCAUACUCAGUUGCAUGGGAAAACUGUUUGGCAUUUUACCAAAUCAAACUUGGAAGCGUCAACCAAUGACAUUGUCAUGCUUAGACGGCUAGGCUCUGCUGUUAAUCUGACUGUUCAUGAUGGUGUAAGUGACAAUCGUAAAGUUGUUGAUGUAAGAGUUCAUGUAGGUCUGUCCAUUAUCAAUAUCAGAUAUGGAGUUGACGCUGUAAAAGAGAAGAAUCGAUUGAUACGGCAUGCUCUACGAAGUUUAUCAGUGCGUGUAUGGGAGGAGGAACUAGAGCGGGAUGUAUGGAGCACAGAAGAAAAGAAUGAAAUGAUAGCACAUGGAAGUCUUCAAGGCUGGGAGCUGGAGUAUAGUCAAGCUCCUGCACUUUAUCCUCAACUAGCCUGGGAUAGAUUAAACAUUCACGUUGUUAGAUCUAGAAAACAUUCCUUGCACUAAACCAGAGAAUUAGGGCUGGGCAAAGUUAAUGAAAAGAUUGAAAUGAUAAAUUGUAGUGAAUAUACAUUAUACAUAUUAAAAACAAGCUACUAUACCUAACAAGCACACUAUAUACAGGGUGAUAAACUUCUUAAUUUUCAAUGUAGUGGUUAUGAGAACUAUCAAAAUAUUUUAGAAAAUGCUAGAUCACAAAAGAGUUGAUGCACUUAGUCAUUUGUGCAAAGUUCGCAUGGCUUAAUUGUACAUGUAUAUUGUACAUACCCACAGGAUGCAUGUACCUUGUACAACCAGGUUUGCCAAACAAAUCUUCCAACUUUAAUAUUCAUUCUUAUUUGUGUUUCAACAAUUCAGUUUGUAAAAGAAGCAAAUCUAAAUGAGUUGAUAUCUAGUCUACCUACUCUAACAUUAGUUUACAUUUUUGGAGAAAAUCUCCAAAAGGAAUCUUAGAAAAUCGGAUUAAAGGAAGAAAAUGUAUUAAAUUUUAAAUUCAAAUUAAAACUUUACAUUUCUCUAGUGGAAAAUUAUUGUUUUAAAACUUUUAU